ACUGACAAGAGUGACAAGUACGACAAUUACGUUUCUGAUUCGGAUGAGUUCCAAAAGUCGACUGCUUGCGGAACAUCUGAAUUUCUAGAAAUUAAUCAUUCUACGAAUCGCUUCAAGAUUCUUUCUCGACGUACGUAUAGCUGUCUCGUUCACGUUAUAAGGGAUUGUAUAGCAAUAUGGAUUAAUGGCGACUGUCCUCAUCCCGUAUCUCAUCUCGUCUGCAUUAACCACUCAGCUCAGUUGUGACGAUGCUCAUGACGUAAUGAAAUUAUGAUGAUGGAGUGUCAAGUCUGAAGGUUCACGCCUUGCGAUUUAUUUUAUUAUUCUGCUCUGUCACCGUGACCACAAGCGAGCACGCUUGAAUUCUGGUGACUCAGGACACCUCGGUGCUGCGACAGCAAAGAUGGAUAGUAACAAGGACGAAGCAGAGCGAUGUAUGGAGCUCGCGGAGCGAUUUAUGAAGGAAAGGAAGUAUGAGGAGACCGAAAAGUUUGCCCGCAAAGCUCAGAAGCUCUAUCCGACGAAAAAGGCCGAGGAUCUACUGGCAGAAGUGACGGUACUUGCAAAGCAGAACCAAAAAUCUGAAUCGACUGAACCUAACGUUAGAAAGCGGCAAAAUGUAGCUAAAGAUAGUACAUAUUCCCAGAAUAAUUCUGAGUAUUCCAAAGAACAAUUAGAUCAUGUAAAAAGGAUAAAAAAAUGCAAGGAUUAUUAUGAGAUUUUAGGAGUUAACAAAGAUGCUACAGAUAGUGACAUCAAGAAAGCUUACAAGAAAUUAGCGCUUCAAUUACAUCCUGAUAAAAAUAAAGCACCAGGUGCUGCCGAAGCUUUUAAAGCUAUUGGCAAUGCUGUUGCUAUUCUUACCGAUACAGAAAAACGGAAACAAUACGACACAUACGGUCCCGAGGAAGAACGAAUGCAGAGUACACACAGUCGCCAAGGCCAUACACAUUACAAUUAUACUCGUGGAUUUGAAGCUGAUAUCACAGCUGAAGAAUUAUUCAACAUGUUUUUCGGUGUUGGUUUUCCACAACAAGAAUUUUAUAUGCGUCGGUCAGGUGGAAGGUGGACGCGGCAGACAGAAGCGCAAGCGCAACAUGCUCAUUCUCAGCAAGCAAACGGAUAUACUACAUUUCUUCAGAUGUUGCCAGUUCUGUUACUAAUAUUGUUAACUAUGAUGAGCAGCUUUUUCAUAUCUGAUCCAGUAUAUAGUCUGCAUGCAAGUUCGAAAUAUUCUGUGGCCAGAGCAACUCAGGUUUUGAAAGUGCCAUAUUAUGUUAAGGAGAACUUUCAUAGUGAAUAUCAAGGUAGCUUACGUAGGCUAGAAAUUUCAAUUGAAGAAGAUUUUCUGAAUAAUUUAAGGCAAGCCUGUACCAGAGAGAAGAAUUACAGGGAGAAUAUAAUGUGGAAAGCCCGUAAUUUUGGAGAUCAAGAUCUGUUCAUAAAAGCAAAACAUCUCGAAACACCUUCGUGUAAAAAACUACAAGAACUGCAAGCAUAGUAUAUAAAACAUGUCAACUAAAACAAAAGUUUUGUGUGUUGUAGAUAGAUGUAUAAUAUACGAGU